AUGAGGAAUAAAGAAGAAUUGAUGUUAUUUAAAUUGUUAAUUGAUGAAAUUAAAAUAAUUGUAACAACUGGAGUUUCUAAAAAUACAUGGACGAGUGAAUCUAUUGAUAAAUUUUACGACGAAUGUUUCAAUAAUAUUUAUCAACUGAGAAGAGUUAUAGGAGAUUAUAAAUUGUCAUUUAAAAAAAUAUACUGCUGUUUAAAAAAUAUAUCCGAGACAUUAUUUGUUGAAGGAACAAUUAAUUCUAUUUAUACUUUAGAAGAGUUUGAGAGCCACUUGAAAAAUAUUAGAAAUAAAAGUCUUGAAAACAUCAAUGAAGAGUGCAAACAAAUUUAUAAGUUGAUUUCAUUGAUUAAAUAUGACAUAAGACGCGACGAUAAGACUCCAAACUAUUGGACGACGUUUGUAGAGAAAAUAAUAGAAAAUUUGAAGGAGAGCUUGCUUAUAAAUAUUCGUAUGUCUUUAUUAUCAGCUCGUAGGUUUUUUGAAGGCGAUGGUUUGACGAAUCCCGAGCCAUUAUUGAUAAUUGAAGCUCAUUAUUUAAAUGAUCAAAUUAUUUUGCAACCGGAUGUGGAAGAAAUUAGGAGAGUUAUUGAAUUAAUAACGGCAUUAAGUGAUGAACUUUAUUCAAUUGAAAACUGCAAUAAAAUAUUUGAAUUGAUUGACUUACGUCUGGAAGAUGGAAUAAAUUUAAUUGAAGUUGAUGAAGAAAUAAUAGGAUUGAAGAAUCAUAUCAAAAAAGAAACGGAAAUUGUUAUCGAAGCUCUAGAUAAAUUUAUCCAAUCUAUUAAUAUUACGAAACAACUAUUGGAUAUUGAAACAAAAUUAAGUGAAAUGAAACAAGACGCUCGGAAGUAUGACAUAAAUAUUUUAGAGGAAGAAAUUCAAAGAUGCAAAGAACUUUAUAAAGUUAUACCUUUGAUAGCAGAUAAUAUAAAUAUAUAUUUUGUAUUAUUAAAGACAGUUAACAUGAAAUCGGGAAUUUCAGAGAAAUGCGAUUAUUUAAAAGACAUUCUAUUUGUUGAACUAAGCAGAUCCACUUGUUAAAUAUAU